CCAUUGAGAACGAUUUUGAGCCAUGUCACCUAUUGUCUCCAGCCUUCAAUAGUUCUUACCAUCCCGAGCUAUCAAGCUAUACUGGCUGAGACUUAUGUCUCUUGAGGUUCUACCAUGCCAGACAGGUUGUUUAGAUAGCGGUUAAACAAAAAGCAGCUACCCAAUCCAACAUCAUGAUCAAUACAAAAUCACAAAAUUUCAUGCCGGAUCGGCCGUGGCCCGGAUUAACAACGACCGCGCUUCCUGCUGCCGUGUCACAGGGCAGGAUUGAUAAGUAUGCUACUGAGGCACACCAAACAAAAGAGAACGAACAAAAACAGGCCGCGUGUGACCGGCCACAAGCAGUUGUCCCUUGGGCUCUGCGGUCACGCAACCAACUUCCACGGUGUGGGCAGCCGGGAAGUAACAAUCGCCCUCACAACCCGAAACGCACGCGAAACCUCUCUCUACCAUCCCGAGGACCCCAAUCCACCAGGCAGUCUUCACCUCCCUAUGUGGCGUAGACUGAACUGUUGUGGAUUUCAU